UCUUAGCGCGCAGCGCACCACACAGUUCAGAGUCCAUUCCCGAAAGAAAAACCCCCCUCCGCUCACCCGUUCCGUCUUGGGCUCAUUAUAUCCAUUUGUGUCGCACGGUACGCACGCAGUUCGAAUCGAUCUAUUUAAAAAUGCCGCGGUCAACUCGUAAACGGAAAUCAAACAGUGAUUAUGUGAAGUUAGUGACAAAAAUUAAGAAGCUAACGGAGUUGGUGGAGAGAAAAUGCAAAAGUGAAACGGACAGUGACAGUGACGACAGCGAGGAAACAAACUCUGUGGCUAGCACGAACUCUAGUAGAUGCUUUACUCCAACAGACUUACCUUUAGAUCAAAACAUAACAAUGCCCAGUCCUGUAACUAGUUCUGUACCUCAUCUGUCCCAACAUGCAACAACUAACACAGUCCAAAUUGAGAACAUUCUCGGUGAUUUUAAAAGACCACCAAACAGGGGCCAGUCUCUACACAGUGGGAUCCAACAACGCUGGGAAAAAUUCCUAAAAGAGGGAGUGGAUAAAGAUGAAAUAUUAAAUUUUCGAUCUUUAUACCCACAACCAAAAAAUUUAAACACUUUAUAUGGACCUGACUUAAACCUAGAAAUUAAAACGGCCAUACCCCAGUCAACACUAAAAUCCGACACAUACAUACAAAAAAUUCAGCAUGAAAUCGGCAUAGCUUUAUGUGCAAUAUCUGAACCGUUAAAUAAGCGGUUAUUAAAUGAGAACGAUCACCCCACAAGUGAAAUAAAAGUUUUAGCCGAUACUGCAAAAAUAUUAUGCAAUGUACAUAAUAAAUUGUCUUUACACAGAAGAUAUGGAAUUAUACAAAAGCUAGAUUUAAGCAUAAAAGAUGGAGCGAGAAAAAGGAGAGGGUGACACAAUACCGCCAACAACAGCAGCGGCGCUAGAGAAGUUAGCGGGAAGGCUAAAGGGGUUUCUAAAUCAGUGGAAAAAUAUCACUUGUGAUCCAAAUGUCUUGCGAAAUAUUAAAGGCUAUAAAAUACCCUUUUUAUCGAAACCUGUUCAACAUAAAAAGUUAGUCAAAAAUGUUACUCUAAAACUGAAUUACACGCUUAUACAAAUGCCCUGGAAAAAUUACUAUCUCUAGGUGCAGCAAAACAGUGUAAACCCAUUAAGGGACAAUUCUUAUCACCAUAUUUUUUACGAGAAAAACCGAAUGGCGAUAUGAGAUUCAUUCUCAACUUAAAAGAACUUAAUAAAUUUAUUCAUUGUUCUCAUUUCAAACUUGAAGACUAUAGAUCUGCACAAAAUAUUAUAUUUAAAAAUAAUUAUAUGGCCAGCAUUGAUUUACAAGAUGCCUAUUUUCUAAUACCAAUAUGUAAGGGUCAUAGAAAAUACCUGCGUUUUUCCCUUAACGGAAAAUUAUAUGAAUUUACGUGUUUGCCUUUCGGGCUAAACACUGCUCCUUAUACGCCUUUACCAAAGCUUUAAAACCAGUAAUACACGAACUCAGAAAAGAGGGGUUUCUGUCGGUAAUUUACCUUGACGACUUAUUACUAGUAGGGAAAACAAAAGAAGAAUGCUCUAAAAAUAUUAAUAAAACGAUAAAUAUUUUAAACACUUUAGGCUUCAUAAUUAACUACGAAAAGAGCGUCGUAAAACCGUGCCAAGUAUGUAAAUUUUUGGGAUUUGUAUUUAACUCCAAACCCUCAGAGAAAAUAACAAAAAAAAAAAAAAAA